CUUUCUUCCUCCAUUGCCUUCAAAGCUUCACCCUUCCACGUCGGUCGAUGGGCUGGUCAAGAUGCGCAAUACACUGAUCUUCGCAGGCAAUUCCUGCCCAGUCCUCACAGGCCAAAUCUGCGAGAAUCUGGGCAUGCAUCCUGCCAGCGCUGAGCUUACCCAGUUCUCCAAUGGUGAAACGAGCGUCAGAAUUCUGACAAGUGUCCGAGAGAAGGACGUCUUCGUUGUCCAAUCAGGCAGCCCCAGCAUCAAUGACUCCAUCAUGGAGCUUCUCAUCAUGAUCUCGGCCUGCAAAGGCGGUUCUGCUAACAAAGUCACUGCCGUACUUCCUUAUUUUCCCUACAGCCGCCAGUCAAAGAAGAAAUCGCAUAGAGGUGCGAUUACUGCUCGCAUGCUUGCCAACUUGUUGGGUGUUGCUGGCGUUAAGCACGUUAUCACUGUCGACCUUCAUGCCUCGCAGAUGCAGGGCUUCUUCAAGUGUCCCGUUGACAACCUGCACGCAGAGCCUAUCCUCGCGAAGUGGAUCCGCCACAACGUGUCUAACUGGCGCGAAGCGGUCGUGGUCUCCAAGAACGCUGGAGGAACGAAGCGAGUGACAUCGCUUGCGGAUGCUCUCAAGCUUAAUUUCGGGAUUGUUACUACAGACAGGAAGCGUGUGAGUAACAUGACAGCGAGCAUGAUCAUGAGGCACUUCGAUCAUAAUGUCGAGCGUCAACCCACGCCGUUGGAGUCUAACCGACCCAUUCCCUACCGUGGACCCCCGGCUUCCGAACGUGCUGUCGAGUCCGAGGCUACCCCUAAGAGGCAGACACCCCCUCCUCGCUCCACGCGAAUUGUGACGAACUCACAGGGCUCUCCCACACGGGUCAACAGCUCUGCUCGUUCUGUCACUCCCAACGCUGCCGAGGCUGCGGAUCCUAACACUACCCCCCCUGCUGGAUCACCCGAUGGUUCGGCUGAUGGCGACGCGGAUUAUGAUGAUCAUAAAGCGUCUGAGGUUACACAGGGCCGUUUGGUUCAAGGUCGUAUCGUCGAGGAUGACUAUCCGUCUCCUGAUCGAUCUGUUGUCGAUGGCAGUGUGGAAGAUGAUCCCAUGACUAUGUCUCAUGCUUCAUCAUUCUUCGUCCCUGAGCCUCAAUCUCUUGGAGGAUCUGGCGACGCUGCGGCAAGUUCCGAUGAGGAGGACAACGCAUUCGAGGAUCCAGGUGCCGAGCAUCUUAUCACUCUAGUUGGAAACGUCAAGAAUCGGACCGUUUUUAUCGUGGACGACAUGAUUGACAAGGCUGGCUCUUGGAUCGCUGCAGCCGAGACAGUGGUCAAGAAAGGCGGAGCAAAGAAGGUUUAUUGCAUGGCCACGCAUGGUGUUUUUGGCGGCGACAGCCUGGAACAACUGCAAGCAUGCGAGUGCAUCGACCAAAUUGUUGUGACCAACAGCUUUCCAAUUGAUAAGGACAGGGCACGCAGCAUCAGCAAGCUCGUGGUUCUCGACCUCUCAUUCCUACUGGCGGAGGCCAUUCGACGUAACCACUAUGGCGAGGCUCUUUCGCCUCUCUUCCAACAUUAUGGUGAUUAGAUAGGACUGCAUCGCAAUGCUUCCAAUCUCACACAGUCACCCGUUGCUACGCAAUCGUGCCUAGUCUGCCUUGGCAGCUAAGUGCUUAUCGACACUACCAUUUGUGUUUUGAUGAUUACUAUUCAUUUUUAGCGAGGCGUCUGGGGGCAAGGACAUAUCGGUACCCUAUGCUGGACCAUUGAAUCUGAGGAUGAAAAUUCCGACAAAAAAGCAGAGUAGGUGAUGAAUUACGAUUUCAGUUCCUGGUCUUUUGGUUUGGGUUCGUGAUGUGAUGUGAUG